UUCAAAACAACUAUUAUUUUUACAAAGUUAGCAAACACGAAAACAGAAAAAACUUUCAUCGACAGGGUGGAUUGUUUUAAUUCGGAUUUUCACAUUCAUUCCCUUUUGUUUUCCUUACUAAUUAAUUAAAAUUAUCAAUGUCUCAAAAUAAUAAUAAUAAUAACAAUAAAAUUAUCUUUAGUUUCAAUUUCAAAUUCUCCAAACCAAACUCAUAACGUCUCCUCAAAAGUCUCGGCCUCUUCCAUUUCCAUCCUUGAAAUGCUCAGGUACCUUGUCGGUUCCGCCGGAGCAAGCGGCUACGGCUCCAAAUCCACCGCCGAAGAAGUCACUCGAUCUUGUACUCAUCUGAGUUCCAUCACCGUCAUAGUCACAGGAGCAACGUCGGGAAUCGGAGAGGAGACGACGAGAGUCUUAGCCAAGCGCGGCGCAAGGAUCGUCAUUCCGGCUCGCAACCUAAAAGCCGCUGAGGAAGCGAAGACGAGAAUCGUAUCAGAAUUGGAAUGUUUCGAUCAUUCAAGAAUCACGGUGAUGGUUCUCGAUCUUAGCUCUCUGAAUUCCGUCAUGAACUUCGUCUCCGAAUUCGAGUCCUUAAAUUUGCCUCUUAAUGUCCUCAUAAACAACGCAGGCAGGUUCUGUUACGAACGUGCGAGUUCUGAAGACGGAAUUGAAAUGACCUUCGCUACUAAUUAUCUAGGCAAGAACAUUAUAUAUAGAACAAAUUUAUUUUCAUCUCUUUUAAUCAUGAGGCCUUUCACCAUUACUGAUCGAAUCGAUCAAAUCGGUAAUGUAGGUCAUUUUCUCUUGACAAAACUUCUGUUGAACAAGAUGACAGAAACGGCCAAAUCGACGGGAAUCCAAGGCCGAAUAGUGAACGUGACGUCCAACAUCCACAGCGGGUUUUCCGGCGACAUAUUCGAAUAUCUCAGCCAGAUAAGCCGGAACAACAACAAUAGAGAGUACGAUGCGACACGCGCUUACGCGUUCUCCAAGCUCGCAAAUGUCUUGCACACCGUACAACUAGCUCACAGACUCCAGGAAAUGAAGGCAAAUGUUACGGUAAACUGCGUUCAUCCGGGCGUUGUGAGAACCAAUUUAAACAGAGAUCGUGAAGGCUUCAUCACUGAUUUGAUUUUCUACCUGGCGUCCAAAUCAAAGUUGUUGAAGACAAUUCCUCAAAGCGCAGCAACAAGUUGUUACGUAGCCACGAACCGGAACGUGGAAAAUGUGAAUGGAAAAUAUUUUGCGGAUUGCAAUGAACAAGGAAGCUGUGAUUCCAAUACCAAAUCAGCGCACUUGGCCGAACGUCUAUGGUCCGCCUCGGAAACCAUCGUCUCCACUUUAAAUGGUAAGCCUCAACCCUAAUCUCAACAAUUCAAUCAAUCAAUUGGAUUGAAUUGGUUUAUGAACUUUUAUAUUGCUUUGAUUCUUUGAGUUCAAAUAAAUAAUAGUCAUAUAUCAUCCUUUCUGCCUAAUUUUGAAAAUAAACUAUUUCAAACAGUAAUUCCAACAACAUCUAAUGACAUGUUUGGAAGAAUGAUUCUACAAUGGUUAAAAUCCCCUUGUCAUUUUCAAAAUUACUCAAAAAAAUAUUUUAAUUAUUCAAAAUCAACAAACAAAAAAUCGUGAUUAGAAGUGUUAAAUUAAAUGUGUAUUACAUAGUGAUUUUAAACAUGAUAAAAGUAAAUUUUAACUAUUUAAUUGGUAUUAUAUGGAGUUAAUUUUGGAGGUCAUUUGAAUGAGACCUAUUCCGGGUAGUUGGGUUUUGAGCCAACCAAAACGGGAUUGAACUAAUGUCUAAUUUGACAAGUAAUCGAUCGAUUUGGUUCUUCUUGGUGUUUGGGAUGCUAGGGAUCGUAACCAGAUAGAGAGAGAAUAUGAGAGGAAAGGUGUGUCCAAUAGGUUGUCCGUCGUUUGACGGCGCUAUUGCAUCGUCACUGCAAGGACAGUGGCGCGACGUUGUAAACAUAAGUGAUAAACUGUUGAGUGAGAGAGCGCAAGGAAGGUGGCUGAAACUUAAAAGUGAGGUUUAAUAUUAGGUUUUUUGUAUAGUUUAUUUACUAUCAGUUUGGUUCGAUUUUCAUUGUUUUUCAAACGAAAAGUAUUAGGUUUUCACAAAUAUAAAACCGAGAUGUCCAACACUAUACCCAAAAAGAAAAAAAAAAUCAUAUCCGAACCAAGUCAUUGAAUCAGCUUGGUUUGGUUCAAUUUUUUAAUUUUCAUGCCCAACCCUACAUAGGCUGUCAUAUGCUCCAAAAUUGGGGUGGUCAGAAGUCAGAACUAAGAUGCGGCUUUGAAUUAGAAUUAGUUUGAGAAAUUGAUAAGUCGCUGUUGGUGAGGAAAAUUAAACUGGGAGGUCCCUGCUAGCAUGUGCCAUAGGGACAUAAUAGGUGCAUGCACCAAAACUUUCAACCCUCUCAAGUCUCAAGUAACACACACCUCCCAUUCCCAACUAUAUAAUUCAAACCCUCCCUUCCAUGAUUUAUGUGAUAUGUUUUCUAAAUUUUAAAAGUAGUUUUCUAAAUUUUAAAAGUAGUUUUCGAUUUUUUUUUUUUUUUUUUAAAGUAAGUGACUAUGAAUUUAAAUGU